AUGUCUCCUCCAGCACCUCCUCUCCUCAUCCUCUAAACUCUCAUCUGUCAGCAGUAAGGUCACUUUACAAGUUCCAAGAUCAUUCUCAGCACACACUGACAACAUGCUGGGGACCCUCUGCACUCUCAUCACUGCUCUAACAUGUGUGAGUGGUGUGACGGUGGUGACACAGAAGCCUCCUGUUCUGACGUUCAACCUGCUCACCUUUCAUCUGGACAGAACCAAACAUUUACAGCACAAACUGACAACAUGCUGGGGACCCUCUGCUGUCUCAUCGCUGCUCUAACAUAUGUUGAUGCAGCGAUAACAUUGACCCAGACGCCUCCCGUCAAGACAGUUUCAGCCGGACAACAAGUUGUUUUAAACUGCAACAUUCAGAGAUAUGAUAGCAAUGCUGUCAGAUGGUACAAACAAGCUCCUGGUGGAGUUCCUCAGUAUGUUCUUAGGUUUCAUCACUCAGGAAGUUCACUCACCUUUGGAACAGGAUUCUCUUCAGACCGAUUCAACUCUAAAUCCUCAUCAAACAUAGAUUAUCAGUUCAUUAUUAAGCAGGCAGAGGCAGGAGACUCUGCUCUGUAUUUCUGUCAGACAUUGGAUGACUCUGCAAAUGAAGCUGUAUCACAGUGGGUAUUCGGACAAGGAACCAAGCUGAUUGUCACAGGCUCCAGCCUCCCUCCUCCUGUCCUGACGGUCUUCCCUCCAUCCAGCGCUGAGCUCCAGUCCAACAAAGCCACUCUGCUCUGUCUGUCCAGUCAGUCUGGGCCUUUUGCAGAUGUGAGCUGGUUGGUUGGUGGGAGUCCAGUCAGCAGUGGGAUCUCUACCAGCACCGCUGUUCAGAGACCAGACCAGACUUUCCACAUCAGCAGUUCUCUGUCCAUCCAGACAUCAGACUGGAACCUGGAUAAGGUUUACACCUGUAAAGUGUCCUUGGACACCCAGACUGCAGAGAAAACCAUCAGCAAGUCAGGAUGUCCUGCUGAGGAAUAACCAAGGAUCACAAUCAUCAUUUAUAAUCCACUUUUUUACUCUUUGCUUUUUACAAG